AUGAACGCGGAUGAGGAAAAUUUGGUCAACAGAGCUCUCGAGACUCUUGGUCUGCCGAAGUUACCGAAAUACGUAGCGCCAGAACAGCCUCACCAUGCGGAUGCCUCCCAGAAUGGCCAGCGUGUGGCAGCCGACGCAGACACUGAAGCUCAGUCCGCACUUGGGCUUCAGGAUCAGCUGAUGUUAUUAGACUCAGCUAUCAUUCCGUCCAAUGAUCUCGAGGUGAUGGCUGAUGUGUAUGCACAAACUUUGCCUACUACGGAGCAGUUCAACCUGGAGCUGUGGGAUAACUGCUCCCCGGAAUGGCCCUGGUUACACAUAGACGGAAAUCUAGGUCCGGAGCUAUUAGUAGAACCUGAUCUAAUCGGGAAUGCGUCUCUCUUUGCGCCUGUCGUAAGAGAUGCAGAGGUGUGGAAUCUUACCCAAGCGCUACACAAUGGAAGCGACAUGAAUCCUGAAGAUGAAGAAGAAUCGGAUCUCGUAAAGCAGCUUUCGGAGCGGUUGGGUUCCUUACGUCUGGCACCGGACGGCAAGCUCAGAUAUUUUGGAACAGCAUGUAAUGUUCAUCUCUUGGACAGCAAAAGAUAUCGCGACGAGCUUUCGAACAUCAGAUCCACGAGACAUAACGGCAAGCGCCUUCUUAAGAACGCCGAGGUCGAUCAGUUCGUCGAGCCAGCAUUUGAGGAUCACCUGUUGGAGCUUUUCUUUACAUGGCACAAUUCGUGCUAUCCCAUCGUUGACAAGGACAUGUACUACGCUGCGCGAAAAGCCUGGCUCAACGGCGACGAUCAUAAUAGCUACUAUUCCGAAGUGCUGACGAAUGCAAUGUGUGCUAUCGGGGCUGCUUUCGAAGCGCGCUAUCACUCGACACUCGUCACUUUCCCUAAACCUCUUAAUGAGUUCUUCGCAGACCGAGCAAAGGUAUUGCUGGAGAUUGAGCUAGACAGUCCGUGCGUCGCAACCGUCCAAGCUCUAUUGUUGCUGAGCAGCCAUGAAGUCAGCUUCAGGAGGGUGGCACGUUCAUGGCUGUAUAGUGGUAAAGCCUCGUUCUCGACGUUGAUACAGAAUGCGUUACUAAUGGGACGAACCACGUCGCUUAGGCAUGGCUAUGAGGCUUUGUUUUGA